AUGGAGAGAGAUCUGAGAAGAGGCAGCAAUAGCAUUGCCACAAUCGCUAACCUUCCAGAAUCAUUGUUGGGCGAUCAACCACCACCAGGAGGAAGAGGUAAGGCGAGUCCAGCUAUGCCUGGGUCGGAGUUCACCCGACCCAUCAACGCCGACCAGACCAGGAGGGAGUACGUAGAGCAGUUGAUUGAGGAGCUUAACGAUCGUCGUACCCGAGAACAAGCUCUACACAGUCUCUCCAAGGCAAGGUUUGAGAUGGUUUUGCUCAUGUGUUUACUUUUCAAAUGCCAGAAAAUUCUGGCUACCAUUCCGUUGUAUCUCUACCCUUUCAUCGGCACUGAGAACAAGGACAAGCCUCAUGAAUAUCUCAGACUAUCUAGCUUAGGUGCUAUUGGUGCCCUACUGAAGGGUCACCCGCCAAAUCGAGAUGAAGUUGAUCCAGAAAUUAUACACUUCCUCCUAGAGAGCCAGAUACUUUGUUUCUGCAUCCGAUGCAUGGAGGUUGGCACUGUAUUGUCAAGAACUGUGGCUACAUUUAUAGUUGAAAGAAUUCUGGCAACUGACGAGGGACUCAACUAUUGCUGCAAAUUUGGGGAUCGGUUUUAUGUAGUAACUCGUUUUCUUGGGAAGAUGACUGAUAAGCUUGUUGAAGAACCUUCUCGCCGGCUGCUUAAACUUAUCAUUAAGUGCUUUACUGAAUUAUCGAAGGGCCCAAGGGACAGUGACAGUUUAAGAUGCUGUAUUCCUAAGAGCUUAGCAUAUCCCAAUAUUAUUAACCUCCUCUCUGGUGACGGAGAUGCCAUGCGCCGUCUGCAACAGCUCUUGAAAAAUGUUCAGGCUCAUAUAUCAACCACUGGGGAGCUAGUUAUUGGGAACUUGAUAGAAAGCUGA